UGUUUGAGUAUCAUUUCAGAUAGACAAAUAAAAUUAACUAGUACAGCAGUCAUUAUAGUAUCAAGUACCGUUUAAUUAAGAUCUACCUGUCAUUUUUGGAUGGUCGUUUGUGGAAUCGACAUCUACCUAGUACGUUAAUAUUGAAAACACAUGCAAAAUAAAUAUUUUACCAAUAAAACGGGAUUAUAUAAAUGCAAACGUGACACAGAAAAUAGUUAAAUAUAACAUGAAACGGAUUAUUAACAAAAAUGUGUGCUAAUAUGGAAUAAUCAUUUCUAAUUGGAAUUUGAUAACAAUGUGAAAAUCGGAGAUUAUAUUUUUAAAGCAUCCGUAAUUACUUCUUGCAAUAGAUAACAUUAUACGGAAAAAUAGGAUUAAUUCGCAUUGAGGAAUUACAAUCAUGAUCUAUUUUUCAUCGGAAUAAUUACCUGAAGAAAAUAGAUUUUAUUUGGCCCAGUCUUUUUGAAGUAUCCUUAAUGAGGUUAAGAUGAUUAAAUUGACCAGACACAUGUUCAAUUACAUUUGCGUAAGAUAAUUUGGACAAGGAAUAUUGAAAAAAAGAUAUUAAAUUAAUCAAAUUCUUGAGGAUCCGUAUCAUCUGCUCAUGAUGGAUUCACAUGAUGAUGUACUAACUGCGUUGCCUAGUUACGUUAGAUAUUCUCGACGAGAACUGGGAAAGCUUUCUAAGGAAGACAGGCGAGAAUCUGCUUUCAGUGGAAUACGUCAGAAACUUAGUUCAGCUGUCAUUUCGGUGCCAUAUGGAGGUGGUUUAGAUAAUUUAAGACUAAUUGGGAAUUUAGAUGACCAUGAAUUGCAAAACCGAUUCACUUCCUAUACUAAACCAAGAAGGAAGAAAUAUAAGAACAGUGUUGUGUCAGAUACAGAAAUGUUCAUGAGUGAGGGAGAAAUGUCUCCGACUAAAGGUUAUCACAGAUAUCACGACCAGUUUUCACCCUCCAAAUUCAUUUUACCUGGAAGGAAACCAGCACGAAUAGGAUCGGAAACCAGUACAACAAGUACGGCAACUACGAAAAGUCGUAGUACGAUAUAUUCAACUACAUCGGAACACGACGAAGGAUAUUGGGCGAAAAAACUGAAAGAAUUGGAUGAAGUUAAAGAACGUUAUUCCGAUAAUAGUGAAUUUCUAACACAUCUGUAUGCAUGUAAAUUGAAAAAAGACAAACAUUCGAAGAAAAAGAAAAACAAGAAAGUAAAACGAGACGACGAAAGCACACCGCAAUCGAUUGUAGGUGACAUAAGCAACCGCCUUGUGUUGCCUCCAAUAAAACAGAGACCUAUGUUUGAUAGGAAGAGUCGAGAGAGCACAUUAACAAAUCCGAGUGAUGAGAGCAACACCUCUACCAUUGUAGCGAAUGAUGAAAAUGAAGUUUCGAAACGACGGAAGGUGGAAUUUAAUUUUCAAAAGGCAAAAAGAACUGUUAAACUUCCUCCUUUGGAAUCCAAACAUGAUUUUACUAGAACCAGUCCUCGAGUGAAAAAUCCAAAACGUUCUAUCCUGAAGAAAAUAGACAAAAACACAGACACUGUUGUGAAUAGUUUUCCAGCAAAAACACACUCUACGUCGUCGGUUUAUAAUAAUCAUAUAGGAAAACUAAAGUCACCGAUACCUUCGUCUGCGUCUCGUAGACAACAAGUGACAUUCAAACGUAACCCAUUUAAUCUAAAAUAUAAAUGUAGUAAGGAAUUCGAGGCGGUGGCGAGUAACUAUGAGAAAGAAAACGAAAGGAAACCCUCGUUUAUGACGGAUUAACAUACAUAAACAUUUAGUUUCUUGUCCAUUUUCGAUAUUUCCACUAAUUAUGUGAAUUUUUUGUUCUCAUUGCUAACAAUUUCAAACAAGUCAUGUGAGUAGAUAUUUGUUAUACAAGCUUUUAAGAUUAUCAAAAUCUCUCGACAAUCAUUUCAGUGAAGCCAAAAUUAAUUACGAUCAGGCAGUUUCGUGUUUGAUAGUUUUUAUAUACUACGCAUUAACUGUUAAAAUGCUUUUGAUGUCGUGUAAACAAGACUUCGAUGUAUGUAAACAGUUAUUUAUGAGAGAAAGAAUGACACUGCUCCUAGCGUGGGUUUCGGAAGUCAUCAAACUUAAGAUGACAUAUUCGUAAAUCCUGUAGUUUGUGAUUGAAAUGAACAAUUAAGCUCAAAAUACUACAGGAAAUGCGUGAAAGACUUGAAAAGGCGCUUAAAAUAAAAUGCACAAAAUAAAAUGCACAAAAUAAAAUGAGUGUUGAUUUUA